GGAGAAACACGCCCCGGUGACAGCGUUCGCAGCGCCUCAACUUGCCGUGAACUAUUUUUGACUUUCUGAUGACGACGAGAAUUUUUUUCAAAAGAAUUUCGGGAGAGUUUUCUUUGCGUGAAAAAUGUGUCCCUGAGCUGUGAAAAAGUGUUGUUGUUGUGAAGAAAAUAGUCCAGAGUGUGUCAAGUGCAUGGUAGAGGAGUGCGAUUGUGCAGCAAGUCCCUGAGAUUGAUGUUCUAAUCGAAUUAGCGAUAAGUGCGUAUCUUGUGAGGUGUUUUGUGAAGAAGACACUUUUCUGUGUUGGAAGAAAAGCGGCGAAUUCAGUGAGUUUUGUGGCUCAAUUGCCCAUUUCUAUCUCGCUCUUUUGUGGUGAUUUUGGGCCGUUCGAGGGGUGUUCCGCGGGGUUCCGGACUGUGCUGGGAAGUGUGUAGGCGGGUGGUCAGAAGAAAAAAAAAGUGGGAAAACGCCAUUGUGGCUCAAUCAAUAAUUUUCCAGGCCACUGGGAUAGGAAGUGGAGUGAACGAAAGCCACAGCUUAUUGUUGUCUUUCUCACUCGAUUUCGCAGAAGACUAAUUGGGCAGAAGUGACGGACAUGUCACACCACAGCGACGAGCAACUCCUCCAGGCCGGGAGUGAUUCCUUCUGGGAGCCCGGCAACUACAAGAGAACCACCAAGAGGAUAGAGGAUGGAUACAAACUCUGUACUGACCUUCAGACCCUCAUUCAGGAUCGUGCUGAGAUCGAGAAGGCCUACGCCAAGAACCUCCGGACGUGGUCCAAGAAGUGGGGCGAUCUCAUUGAGAAAGGACCUGAAUAUGGGACAAUUGAGGCAGCAUGGAAGGGAAUACUCACGGAAGCUGAUCGUCUUUCGGACGUUCAUUUGAAGAUCAAGGAAAAUCUCCUGGGAGAUGUGAGCAAUCAGAUUAAAACAUGGCAAAAGGAUAAUUAUCACAAAACAAUGAUUCAGAUCAAGGAGAGGAAAGAAAUGGAGGAAUUGUUCAAGAAGGCACAGAAACCAUGGGCUAAGCAUUUGGCCAAGGUGGAAAAAGCCAAAUCAGACUACCAUUCAGCGUGCAAAACGGAGAAAACUGCAACAAAUCAAGAGAGAAAUGCCAAUGCAGAUAGUUCACUAUCUCCUGAUCAGGUGAAGAAGAUGCAAGAUCGAGUGCAGCGUACGAAAGAUGAAGUGCAAAAGUGUCGGGAAAAGUAUGAACAGUCACUGAGUGAGAUCAACAAGUACAAUCCAAUUUACAUUGAGGAUAUGACUUCGGUGUUUGAGAAGUGCCAACAAAUGGAGGAGACCCGUCUGCGAUUCUUCAAGCAAGUCCUCUUCGCCAUACACAAGUCCCUCAAUAUCUCACAGGAGCCGAGUUUGCCGCAAAUCUAUGAGGAAUUCUAUCACACUGUCAACAAUGCUGAUCAUCAGAAGGAUCUCAAAUGGUGGUCCAACAAUCAUGGUGUCAACAUGGCAAUGAACUGGCCAGCAUUUAUCGAGUACACUGAAGAAUUCCGUGACAUUGCCAAAGGGAAUAAGUCCAAGGAAGCACUUCCGGCCGCACCAAUAACAUUGAUCCAUCAGCGGCCCGUCGGCGAUGAUUUGCAUGAUUAUCCACCGCCACCGAGUAACAAAGGAAGUGCCAAUCGUACUUCCGUGAAUUUGAGCGUGAAGAAUUCCAGUGCAUCCAGAAAUUCCACAAAUAUGGAUUCACCCAAGUCAGACAGCAAUGCAAAGAGUGAAGUGUCACCGAGUCGUCAAUCGGCCACAAUUACGACAAAUGGAAAUGGAAAAACGGAUCAGAAUCCAUUUGACGAGGAGGAAUGGGAUGAGGGAGAUGCAGCUGACAAUGUUCUUGUCGAUAAUGGGGAGCCUGGUGUUCCGGUUAAGGCACUCUAUGACUACGAAAGUGCAGAGAGUGAUGAGCUGACCUUCAAACAAGGAGAUGUUUUUGAGAAGUUGGAAGAUGAGGAUGAGCAAGGAUGGUGCAAGGGAAGGAAAAAUGGCAAGGUAGGACUGUAUCCGGCAAAUUAUGUCGAAGUGGUCGAAGGAUAAAUUGCAUGAUAAAAAAUUGAGAAAUCACAAGACACAACACCUCCUAAAAAAAUAUGAUUAACUUGUUAAUUGUAUUGUGAAAGAAGAUACAUAAUCUAUUUACUAGAAAUUUAUUUAACAAAAAACAGAAGCAUAACAGAGAUUGAAGGACGUCGUAAAACGCGUAUUUUUUUUAUUUUCUCCAUUUAUUCUUUUUUCUUGUAACUUUUAACUGAAUGCACUAUUUUUUUCGUAGUAUUUGGAGAGAAUGUCUGUAAAGAAAAAAAACAUUGAAAACGAGUUGUAUUUUUUCCUUUUGGGAUAUUUGUUCAAGUUUUUUUUUCGUGGUGAAAAGAAUGAGUUGUGAAGAAAUUUAUAAAAGAGAUUGGAGAAUUUUCAUGUCACGAGAGCCUUUUUUAAAAAAUAAUUAAGUGGAAAAAUGAAGAGGAAAGUGUUUUAUUUUUCCAUUUUAAUCCACAAUAAUCUUUUUAAAAUAAUAUAUGUUCUACAUAGUAGUAUUAUAAUUUAUAUAUUGAUGUUUGGAGGUGAAAAUGAUCGAAGGAGAAGAAAGUGUUUCGAUAUUUGUAUUAUUUUUUGAUCACCACACGUUUAUUCUUAACAAAACAAAAUGGUUAAAUUAAUUAAUGGCGAAAAUUGUUUAAGGUGAAGAUUGUAAUUGUGAAAAGAAAACAAAAGUUAUUCAAAAUAAAACUAUUGAAAGAGUAAAAAAAAAACAGAAAUAAACUACAAAAGGACAUAAGAGAAUAAUGGCAAAAAAAAAUAGCAAAAUCACAUCGAUUUACUUGAUAAAAGAUGGAAAUCCAAUGUAAAACGUAAAAAGAAAAUCUUCCAGUAAUUUUUAGUAAUGUUAAAUAGUGGAUAUGUAAAACUCAAGCAAUUUCUUGUGCAGAAAAAAGUAAACUAGAAAAGAGUUAAAGAAAGAGGAAACAGGAGAGAAAUUGUCGCUCAUGCAUCUCUAAAGUAAAAAAAAAAGAAAAUCAACUAAAAAUGUUUCAGAAAAAAGCACCCAUUUUUUUGUCUUUAGAAAACAAUUUUGUCUCUUAACUCUUUCGUCUCUUUUGGGUACUCAGAGUCCCAAAAGAGACGAAAGAGUUAAUUUGAGAUUCAAUGGGAAUUUUUCUCAAAAUGAACAAUUUUUUGGAAAAAAAAACAAAAACCACAACAGAAAAAAUCUUUUUGAAGUAUGUAAAACAUCUUAAAGUGGUCUUUUUUUGGAGAACUAUACUUACAGAAAGGAAAUAUGAAGGAAAAUAAAAGGAGAAAAAUCUUCCUUUGAAAUUUGAAA